CUCAUCUUAUCAAGACAUUUCAACAGUCUUCACCAAGUUUAUGUUAACAAAUCUUGAGUCAAUUUCUCCGUUUCUGCGCGAUAUAAUUGUUUGCUGUAAAGAUGUGGCAUUGACUGAUGAUAGUGCGCUAAUUGAGGUUUUUGGUCCUGUUCUUGACAUUCUUCGCUCUUGUGCAACACACAUUAAUAUGACAAAGCUAUUUGAAGACAAGCAUUAUUCUCUUCUCUUGCUUUUGCUUGAAAUUAAAAUGUCUGACAAUACUCGCCCAAUUGCUGAUUUGAUUGUUUCGCGUCCAGAUUUCCAUCCUAAACAUCUUAUCACUAAUUUUAAAGGACGUGAAUUUGUUCAUUCUUCAUUCCUUGGCCCUUUUAUUGCAUUUAGCAUUGCUGGUAGCCAAUCGCCUCUUUACAUUAAAAUGCAUCAAAUCUUUCAUGCAUUAAUUGUAAAUUCUUCAACCAGAAAUCGGACUCUUGGCUAUAUCAGCGAAAUUUUGGACACUAAUAAGAAAUUAUCACAAAUUCAAGUUGAAUAUGAACAAUUAGCAAAUCCUACUGCAAUGUUGAAUAUGCUUUCCAUUCUUCUUGAUUUUGAUAAAAUUCCUGUUGAAAAAAUUCAAGAUGAUUACAUAUUUCACCCAAAAUGUCGGAUUAAAAUGACUGAAAUUAAUACUCUCAAAAUGGAUAAUGAUAUGAUUGAAGCAUAUCGUAAAAAAAUUGAUCUCUCUUAUAAUCCCAGCUUUAACACCGAGUGCUUUUAUUUGACUAUUGCUUUUAUGGGGAUUAGGUUAUUACUGAUUAUUGUAUUUAUUUUUUGUUUUUAGCAUGACGACAAUGAUGAAUAAUUUGUCUCGUAUGGAUAGGCAUAUCUAUGAGAUUCGUAGACAGUUGCGGGAUGCCGAGGAGCAACUUCAACGAAAAGGCCAGAAUCCGUCUCAACUCAAUCGCAUCCGAGCAAUAACACAACGUACUAAGGAACUUUUGAAG